UCUCUAGUUGGAAGUAAAAGUGAAAAAAUAAUUUUUUACUUUUAUAUUUGAUCUUAGAAAAAAGUAAAAUAAAUAUAGGAGAGAAGGUAGACGAAGACAAAUCGAGUUCAUACUUCUUCACACACGAAGCAGGAAGUUGUGUUGUGUGGCGUUUUGUUGAGUUGAGGAAACGUCUCACAGAGUUCAACGAACACACCAACCGUAUCCAUAAUCCGAUUCACUCUCAAACUCAUCUCCUACUUCAUCAUACUCUCUCACUAAUACUGUCAUGUCCGACGCUUAUUGGAGAUACGCCGAACCCCAUCCAGCCCCCUCUUCAAUCGCCGGCAAACGCUCCCGUUCCGAUUUCGAUGUCUCCGGCGUUCAUAACUUGCCCAGUUACUUUCCCCCUGAUGAUGAUAGAGGAAGGCUCCAAGUAAUUAGAGAUACUGAAUCCCUUGAUGCAUCCUAUGAGCGUUACCUCCGUAGUGCGCAAGUUUCAUCUUAUGGUCCGGGACAAUCUACUAGAACCAUUGAUGGGAGAGUUCCCAGUCAUUCUAUUGAUGAUUCACAUGUCGCAAAUAUUGGGGGAGUAGACCGAAGAACAGAUGCAAAAGACAGAAUCCUGGAAUUAAGUAGUAGAAGGUCUGAGCAUUCUCUUCCUCCAGGUGCUACCAAUACGCUAUUCGUGGAGGGUUUACCUUCCAACUGCACCAGACGGGAAGUAGCUCAUAUUUUUCGUCCUUUUGUUGGCUACAAAGAAGUUAGACUUGUCAGCAAGGAACCAAGACAACCUGGCGGUGAUCCACUACUGCUUUGUUUUGUCGAUUUUUUAAGUCCGGCCCAUGCAGCUACUGCCAUGGAUGCAUUGCAUGUGCAUCAGGAGUGUGGAACUGUUCCUAGACCUAGAUAACUGAUAACCGAUGCAUGAUUGGAUUUUGGUAACAAGUAAAACUGACUGUAUGAUGAUGCUGUAGAGCUGGGUAUAGUUAAUGUAACCGGUUCCUUGAAAGUGCGCAGCGCAAAUUAUAUAAACUUUAUAAAGAAAUCACUGCAGCAAUAUUAGGCAAGCAUCUGGAUAAGAGUGGGGGAGUACUACUUUGUAGUGUUCGAAAUAAACUAAAAAAAACAGCAUUGCGUUUUACCUUGUGUGAUAUGUUUAAACUUGUGCAGUAUAUUUUCUUAUAUCUAUCUCAACUUUAUUUUCUGGGGGAGAGGGGAAGGGGCUUGACUUAUAUGAAAGUGGCAUGGCACUCUAGUUUGAAAUUUGAAAGCUUGGCAGUUGGCUUUUGUAAAACACAAAUGUCACGACAAUGAAAUUCAUCUAUUCCUCACCAACUUUGCCAUGCUCAAUGAUAAAGCUAACUCCUAUAUUUUAUUAUUUCUGGUUAAACUAUGAAUGCCAUCCAUUUUGAUAUAUCCAUGUUAUGGAAGGUAUUCUCUUCCUGAUCUGAGUUAUUGGCCUUUCUGACCAACCAAGAUUGCUUUGUUUUGCUGUUCCAAAAAAACACUCUCUUUGUUUUGGAGACUGUCGUAAUCCAACUAAUGCCAGCAUAGCCUCCCUUUCAUGUCAAAGUAUGCUUUACUGCGGCAUAGAUUCUUAAACUAUAGUAGGACAUAUUCUUCAAGUAUUCUUAGUUUCACCGGAUGCCUUAACAGUCUUAACAAUGGGGAGUGGAGAAUCGCUAAAAAUCACUCUCCUUUCUUCCUCUUCCUUCUCUUAAGUAGCUAGUUUAACCCCUUUCGUAUCAAGUGAAGGAUUCGAUUUUUCGCCUAUGUUGGAUAUUGGGUUUGAACAUUUGCAGAUGUAUUUCAGGUUUAUUAUGUUUUAAGCUGAGGUAAGGUAUAUCACACGUAUUAUAGCAUCUGCCUGCUGCCACCCUCUUUCGCCGUCCAGAAUGUGAUUAGUUUUUCAUCGUAAAACAAUGAACC